AUGCUUGCCUCCCUCGGUAUCAUCAACGUCCUUACAACAGUCGGCGACUCUGCUAAAUUCGAGGAGCCUGAUGCUGUCCCUAAGGACCAGGGCUCUAUCGUCCGUGCUCUCGUCCAGAAUGUUCGUGAAGUCGAGCCACAUCACACCCUCUCAGAUGAUCAGCAUUAUGCUCUUACCCUUGCUGUUCUGACCUCGGGUGUCUACGGCCUGCAUGUUAGAGAGAGGCCGAGCAAACCAGCACGGUGUGCUUGCUAUGGUGUGCUGCGACACGGGCUCAAACUGCCCAACGCGGAUUCGGAGAGGGCCUCGGCUAUCAGCGAAGUGGCAUGGAAACUGUCGAGGGCCUCGCAGGAGGAGUUGGCAAACCCUGUAUUCAUAGGGCAUUGCAUGCGUUACCUCAAGGAGGACUGGGUGGUCGCUCUGUGUCUUGCAGAGUGUCUGGCGGCUGCUCAUGAGAGGCAGCGGUACGUCGACUGCCGACAGAGAGUGUUGCUGAGCGGCCUCAUCGGGUGUUGGAACUGGAGAGCUCCUAUCAAUGGCACAUCAUUAGUGAACGACUUCGGUAUGCCCCGAGGGGAAGGCCUCAGUGUCCUCCUUGACAGGCAAGUCGAUAGGUUGCUGAGCAACUGCAGUAUGGUGGUUGACGAUGAGGAGGAGUACAAGGCUUGGCUCCAGGGUGAGGUCGAGGAAUGGAUGGUUGCCAAUCCGGAAGCUGUAGCGCGGGCUAAUAAACACGGAAAAGCAAAGAAGGCGAAAAAGUGA